UAAGGCCUGUCUCGUUCACCGUCUGGCUCAUGCUCCAUAUUCAGUUCCAGUCCACAGUGACACCAUCAUGAGCUUAGCUCAGUAAACUUUCCCCAAAUUUCCCAAUUUUUCCAAACCCUAGUUCUUCCCCAAAAUCAUGGGCUCGAAAGUUCUUCCUCAGGCACUGAUAACGAUUCCGGGACACCUUAAUCAAUGCCCAACAAAGAAGCUAGGAUUUUCGACUGUCCUAUCUCGUCGUUCUUCUCCAUUUUUGAAUUCUUCUCUGGGUUCGAUUUCAAGGGUUUCGUCGAGCUCUGUGGGACCCAGUUUCACCCCUGUAGUUGCGGCGAUGGGGAAACGGAUUUUCGUUGUGAAGGCUGAGUCGAAUUCUGAGGGUGAUGUGGAAUCCGCUGAGAAUGCUGAAGACAGUGAAGCAGUUUCCGUUGAAGAGUCCUCGGAAGUCAAAGCUUCUGCAGGAGCUGAAGCUGAAGGUGAAGCUAAAGAAGAAGCAGUCUCGGAGUCUGUGGAAACGAAGCCACCGUGGAAGCCUCGGCCUAAACUCGGAGAUAUAAUGGGGAUGUUGAAUAAGAAGGCAAUUGAGGCGUCAGAGAAGGAAAGGCCAGUUCCAGACAUCAGAACUGGAGAUAUUGUGGAAAUUAAAUUGGAAGUUCCUGAAAAUAGGCGUAGGUUGUCUAUCUAUAAAGGUAUUGUCAUAUCAAAACAAAAUGCUGGUAUUCAUACAACAAUUCGGAUCAGGAGGAUUAUUGCUGGCAUAGGUGUCGAGAUUGUGUUCCCUCUAUACUCACCAAACAUUAAAGAGAUAAAGGUGGUCAAGCACAGGAAAGUCAGGAGAGCUAGAUUGUAUUUUCUGAGAGACAAGCUUCCCAGGCUCUCCACUUUCAAGUGAAAAAAAAUCCAUGCAUAUGCUCGUUGGUUUUUUCUACUUUCAAACUGGUUCCUUGAAUUUGGGGAUAUUGUAACUUUGUAAGAAGAACUAUUUUUCUCUGAAUACAAAUUUUUGUAUAUCAAUUAUCUCCAUUUUUGGUAAAUGUAUUAUAUCUUAAUCUA